CAUCCCGUUGACGUGUGGAAAGUUAGGGAAGUUCUAACUCGAGGGAUACUUCUCAUUCACUCCCUGGCAACUUCCGUGGACUAUCUAUGCGUGAUGCAGGGACUCCUUGAUGAGACUUAACGAAUUAAUUUAUAGCCAACAGUAAGCCAUAGUGAGUCGUCACCGCUACACGGCACAAUGGCGGCCGCAAUUAUUAUCGCCCUGUUAGCUAUUACCCACUCGGGUAUUGCACACUACACAAAAUUUCCUGAAGGAUUUACAUUUGGCGUAGCAACAGCGUCCCAUCAGAUUGAGGGUGCAUGGAAUGUCAGUGGAAAGUCGGAAAAUGUUUGGGAUCGCUUGACACACUCGCGGCCCUGGAUGAUUGCCGAUGGAACAAAUGGUGACAUUGCAUGUGACUCUUACAACAAGUAUCAAGAGGACGUAGACCAUCUCGCCUACCUUGGCGUGGACUUUUACAGAUUCUCUCUUUCCUGGUCAAGAAUACUGCCUACUGGUCGUGUUGAUCACGUUAAUCCAGAUGGAAUCCGUUACUACAACGCACUCCUUGAUGCUUUGGCAGAGAAAAAUAUUGAGCCACUGGUAACUUUAUUCCACUGGGAUUUGCCGCAAUCACUUCAAGAUCUAGGAGGAUGGGCUAAUCCUAAAAUGAUCGAUUACUUCCGUGAUUACGCCGACGUAUGCUUCAGAGAGUUUGGUGAUAGGAUCAAAUCCUGGAUCACUAUCAAUGAGCCUUACGAAAUUUGUGAAGAUGCCUACGGAGAUGACAAAAAAGCACCUGCUAUUGACAGCCAUGGUGUUGGAAACUAUUUAUGCAGUGAUAAUCUUCUCAAGGCUCACGCUGAGGUCUACCACUUGUAUAAUGAUAGCUACAGGCCACAACAAAAUGGAAGGAUAAUGAUCUCAAUCAACUCUAUCUGGUACGAGCCAAGUGACCCAGAAGAUGCAGAACAAGUUGCCCUGGCGGAAGUAGCAAACCAAUUUAAGUUUGGAUGGUUCGCGCAUCCCAUUUUUACCGAAGAAGGCGGUUAUCCAGCGGUAAUGGUUGAAAAUGUGGCUCAGCAAAGUCAAGCUGAAGGUCUACCUAAGUCUCGUCUAGAACAAUUCGAUGACUAUUGGAUCGAAAGAAUUAAAGGCACUUCUGAUUUUCUUGGAAUCAAUCAUUACACUACUCAUUUGGUAACUGGACCAGGUGUAGACCCAAUAGCAAAAUCUCCUUCCUGGCUCAAGGACAUCGGAGCGGUUACUACCAUGAACGUCGGUGGUGAUUCAGCUUCAGAAUGGCUUAGAGUUGUUCCUACCGGAUUUGCUAACUUACUGCGUUGGUGUAAGAGCUCUUACAACGAUGCACCUAUUUAUAUAACCGAAAACGGUUUUUCUGAUCGUGGUGAUUUAGAUGACUACGGACGUAUUCAGUAUUUGAACGAUUACCUUUCAGCACUUCUGCAUGUAAUUUACGAAGAUGAUGUCAAAGUUCUUGGUUAUACUUUAUGGACUCUUAUGGAUAAUUUUGAAUGGCGCGCUGGAUUCUCGGAACGUUUUGGUCUCUACUACGUGGACAUAACUGACCCGGAACGACUAAGAACACCAAAACUAUCCGCCGAGUACUACAAACAGCUUAUUGCUACCCGUGAACUGCCAGAGGAUGAUCGCUUCAAAAAUCCUGCUACCGGACGGAGGUCGACAAAAAAUGAUCUUUAUACGCCCCAAAUACCGGUGGAUUCAGAUAAUAUAAUUGAAUGGCAGUCCUUUUUCAAUUCCAUCCACAAAGUUUUAAUUUCCGUUACCAGACCACUCAUAAAAGUUUUCCGAGCCGCAGGUUGAGUAAGGCUUGGUUCA